AACAGAAAUGCGCGAUACUGCCUUUCUAGUCCCCGUGGUCCUGAACAAACAAGAUUGCAAGGAGUGUUGAUAUAUAUAAAUUUAUCAUUUGGAGAAUGUUUCACAAACAAAGUCUAUGUUCAUAAUACGUGUCGGUCAAGAUCUGAACAAAAUGCCGAGUGUUCUCAUUGCUUGAAUACAUAUUUCACAAUGUCCUCUUCUCGACACAUAUCUUAUGUUGCUCGUGAAAUAUUCCCUGCUUGCUUAUUGGCGGGAGUUGGUAUGGUAGUCGCAGGCUGUUAUGUUGAUAUGUUGAAGUCUUCUAGCAUUUUUAAUUCCAGUGAGGCAAAUAUUUUCGAAAUCAUUCCACCUGUUCUUGGACUUAAAGGAAAUUUAGAAGUUGCUCUUUCUUCUCGACUUGCCACUGUGGUUCAUUUUAGACGAAAGUUUAGUGAAAUUUCAUCCUGGUUGUUUACAACCACAUUGGCUUUUAUACUGAUUCUUGCAGUUCUUGCAAGCAUCGCCAUUCCUGUAGUGAUUACAACUGUGCAUAUUUCAACAUCACUAAUAUCCUACUCUUCUAUUAAUAUCGCCCAUCUUAUUUGUAUUUCAUCAGUAACUUGUGUUUGUGCUUCAUGUUUAAUAAGUGUUCUAGUGUAUGCAAUAGUAUGCGCAUGUGUGUUCUUCGGUGCAAAUCCUGACAAUAUUGCUCCACCGGCAGCUGCUGCUUUAGGAGACCUUGCAACAGUUUUGAUCAUGUCACGUGUAAAUGGCUAUUUUAUGAAAUAUCCAACUUUUACUUUCAUUGCUGCUAUAUGCAUAACCUGCAUCGUUCUUUUCCUAAGUAUUGCCUACUUAUUGUAUCACUCCAAUAUGCAUAUAUCGCCUGAAUUUAGCAAUCUUGUUAUAACAUCUACUACUUUCAAGGAGACUAUCGUUCCAUUGAUUUUGGCAAUUAUUAUGAGUAGCAUUAGUGGAAAUAUUUCGUCACGAUUUCUGGCCGAUCUACCUGUUGUUGCUCGCCUUCAAGUUCCAAUUAAUGGCGUUGGUGGAAUUUUCGCUGCAAUGUUAAUUAGUAGAAUGACAACACGUCUGCAUUCUAUCACCUGUUCUAAAAAGUUUUCUUUAAAACAAUCAGUGUUUGCUUCUCCUACUUUUUCACCUUCGCCGUCUUCAACGACACCAACAACAACAGCAACUACUACUAAUACAUGUGUAAUGUUUGAAAAAUCAAGGCGUCAUGUUCCUAGUGAAGAAGUUUCCUCCUCUGGUCGGAUAUCUGUGGUCGGCCUGCAAAAUGUGGGCUACCGAUAUCAUAUGCUGAAAAUUCCAUACCUGUACCAAAAAUACGGUGUGGAAUCAAGCUGUAAUAAAAAAAAUUGA